CCUCACUCUUACACACACUCGCUCCUGGCCUAGUCCGAUUCACUUUCCCCCUCUUUCUGACUUUCAGGUCAUUCUUGCUUCCCCGGAAACAUUCUUUUCUUUCUUGAUUUCUGGCACACCAUUAUCGGUCUCGCGUUCCAAUCUAUUGCUUGGCCCUUGUUUAUUGUAUAUGAUUUUGUCACUUGUAUGAAGCCCGUUUACUAUCCAAACGGGCCCGUCGACGUGGGUGCUGUGAUAACAUUGAAUCUGGACGCUUAGAGCGAUCGGAAUCCAGAGGGCAUUCCAAAGCCCCAGUAUACGCCUCCUCGUGGCUGUCAUCGCUAAUCUGACGUUCUCUCUUCGCCAUGCAUGUGUCCCGCAUACUGCAGUCGGCCAUUUCUAUACUUCCUCUACUAAACCUUCAGCUCACGACAGCGAUCUCGCCGGCCACUGCACCUGCGACUGCAACCGCAACCGCAACCCCAACACCGACCGCAGUCGCAACAAUCCUGGAACUUGAAGAGCCUGAGUAUCUUAACGGCACGGUCCUAGAAAAGCGCUGUGCGAAUCCCUGCGGCUACUACAGCCAGCUCUGCUGCAGCUCGAGCGAAUCAUGUAGUACCAAUAGCAAUGGCCAAGCCGAGUGUGUGAGCGGUGAUAGCAGCGGCAGCUGGGCGUACUUUACCACGACCUAUGUCCGCACCGAGACGGAGACCGCUACAUUCACUUCCACCUGGAGCAGCUACAUCGCGGCAACGACAUCCAGCUGCGAUGCCAGCGUUGGCGAGACGAUCUGUGGCGACAACUGUUGCGGUCCUGCCUAUGUCUGCUACGACAAUCAGUGUAUCCUAGGAAGUACAUCUAUUUGGGCGACGAACACUUCGCCUGCCACUCCGGCUGUCCGAGGCACAAGCUUAUCGACUGCUACGCACACGGCCUCAAUAACGACCACCGAAGGCUUUAUUGCUCCGGUAAAUACAGCCGGCUCGGCGGUGAUUGGUGUGAAGGCUGAAAGCAGCGGUCUCAGUGGAGGAGCGAUCGCAGGAAUUGUCAUCGGAACAAUUGCCGGUGUGAUUCUGUUGUUGCUACUAUGUGCUUGCCUGUGCUGCCGCGGUAUCCUGGACUCUCUUAUUGCCUGUCUCGGUUGUGGUCGUAGAAGAAGAAAAGAGACUACUUACGUCGAAGAGCGUUACCACCGUCAUUCCCAUGGGGCUGUUCGGCCUGAAGGACGCACCUGGUUCGGGAGCCGACCUGCAGCUGCAACGUCGACCGCAGGCGAGAAAAAGAAAUCCUCUUGGAGUGGUCUGGCCACCGUCGGAAUUAUCCUGGGUGCGCUUGCGCUGUGCCUGGGACUGAAAAGAAGCAAAGACCACCGUGACGACGACGAAAAGACGGAUUACACGUAUCCAAGCAGUUACUACUACUACUCUGAUUAUUAUACCAACGAUGGCAGCGAAAUCACUGAUGACCGAAGAACGCGAGAAACAAGACGCUCCCGGCGGUCUCGUACGCGCUCACGAAGAUGAUGAAUGACGGAACGACCCCAACGAUGUUUGAAACGAAUGACUGAUUACAAUGAACCCCCUUUCUUUUUAUUAUCCCAUGCUGUCUGCAUGAAGCGGCGCUCUAUAGGGUUCAUGGUGUAUGUAUUAUGAUGUUUUUUUUGAUCUGAUGUAUGAUGAUGCGUUAUGUUUUCACGGAUUUUCACAAUUUUGCGCGAACUCCUGCGAUGUGCUAAGUUUUCGGAGGAUCCGAUAUUCAACCGGCCUCAUUACACGAGCCCUGGGAAGCCAGAUGUAAAUAUGAAAUGUUGAAAUGAAUGAGAUAACCUGGAGAA